UUCUCCUAUAUGAUCUUACAAUUUUGAUCCAAAAUCCCAAGAAAAAUCAUAACAUGGCAAACCAAAAGAAACAAUUGCUCUCUGUUUCAUUUAAAACUACAUUUUUGCUUCUUCUUUCUCUUUUCAAAACCAUUGAAGGUUCAUCAAUGGAAGCUGAGGCUCUUUUGAGAUGGAAACAAAGCCUUCCACAACAAGCAAUUUUAGAUUCAUGGGUUGAUGAAACUUCAACUCAAAAUUCCUCUGUUUUGAACCCAUGUCAAUGGAAAGGAAUCAUAUGCAAUAAUGAAGGGAAUGUGAAUGAAAUUGAUUUGGCUUACACUGGUUUAACAGGUACUCUUGAGAAAUUGAAUUUCUCUUGUUUUUCAAGCCUAAUCAUUCUUGAUCUCAAAGUAAAUAAACUCUCUGGUUUGAUACCAUCUUCCAUUGGAGUUCUUUCAAAGCUUCAAUAUCUUGAUCUUUCCACUAAUUGUUUCAAUUCAACUAUUCCUCUUUCUCUUGCAAAUCUUACUCAACUUCUUGAACUUGAUUUAUCUCGAAAUUUCAUUACUGGGUCUUUGGAUUCUCGUCUUUUCCCAGAUGGGUUUAGUAAUUCAAAUAUUGGGUUGAAAAGUUUAAAGAAUUUCUUGCUUCAAGAUACUCUGCUUCAAGGCAAAGUACCUGAAGAAAUUGGGAAUGUGAAGUCUUUGAAUUUGAUUGCUUUCGAUAGAAGCCAAUUCUCUGGUGAAAUACCUCAAUCAAUAGGGAAUUUAAGUAAUUUAAACGUUCUUCGUUUAAAUGUUAAUUAUUUCUAUGGUGAAAUCCCUAAAAGUAUUGGAGAUUUGAGGAACUUAACUGAUUUACGUUUGUUCAUCAAUGAUUUAUCUGGUGAAGUGCCACAAAAUUUGGGAUAUGUGUCAUCUUUAACGGUUGUUCAUUUUGCUCAGAAUUUUUUCCAUGGUAAUUUACCACCAGAAAUAUGUAAAGGAGGAAAACUUGUUAAUUUCUCAACAGCACACAAUAGGUUUUCAGGUCCUAUUCCUUCAAGUUUGAAAAAUUGUACUAGUUUGUUCAGAGUUUUGAUGCAAAACAACAGCUUAACCGGAUUGUUGGAUCGAGAUUUCGGAGUUUACCCGAGUCUUAAUUACAUUGAUUUAGGCUACAAUCAGUUGGAAGGAAGGCUAUCUCCUAACUGGGGAGAUAACAAGAACUUGACCCUUUUGAGGAUUGAUGGUAAUAAGAUAAGUGGUGAGAUUCCUGAAGAGAUAACUAAGUUGAAGAAUUUAGUUGAACUUGAACUCUCUUUCAAUAAUCUCUCUGGAUUCAUACCGAAAAGUAUCGGGAAUUUGUCGAAACUAUCGGUGCUUGGACUAAGCCACAAUCGGUUUUCCGGGUCGCUACCUACCGGAAUAGGAAGCUUGAGCAAUCUUCAAUCUCUUGAACUUUCCAAGAAUAUGUUAAGUGGAUCCAUUCCUUCUGAAAUAGCUGAUCUUUCUAGGCUGCAAUAUUUAAGCUUGAGAGGGAAUCAGUUUAAUGGUUCAAUCCCAUAUAGCAUUGGGAUCCUUGAUAGUAUACAAACAAGGUUAGAUUUGAGUACUAAUUCACUAAGUGGUGAAAUUCCUUCAAGUUUAGGGAAUCUCAAAUGCUUAGAGAAUUUGAAUUUGUCUCAUAACAAUCUCUCUGGCUCUGUUCCAAACUCCUUAGGCACAAUGGUCAGUUUGGUUUCCAUUGAUCUUUCAUAUAACAAUCUUGAAGGCCCUCUUCCUGAUGAAGGCAUCUUUAGUAGAGCUAAUGCAUCUGCAUUUAGUAACAACAAAGGCUUAUGUGGAAACAAUAUCGAAGGGUUGCCGAGUUGCAACGAUGAUCACAACGAAUCGGACGACAAUGGGGGAACUACGCAAGAGAAGAAGCUCGUAACAAUCCUCAUUCUUACUUUAGUAGGAGCAGUGUUGAUUUGUUUAGUACUUUAUGGAACUGUUACUUAUGUCCUAUGUAAGAAAACGGAGCACAUCUCGGAUUGGAACACGACGUUAGUGAAGGAGAGGACGACAACGAGGUUUCGAGACGUAUGGUAUUUCUUCAAUGGUAAAGCUGUGUAUUCCAACAUAGUUGAAGCUACAAAGGAUUUUGAUGAUGAGUAUUGCAUAAGAGAGGGAGGAUCAGGGAAGGUUUACAAAGCUGAAAUGUCCGGCGGUGCGGUAUUUGCAGUGAAGAAGCUAUAUUACUCAUUGGACGACGAUGAAAUGACCGGGAUCGAGAAUUGGAAUAGUUUUAGAAAGGAAGCAAGGGGUCUAACAGAAAUAAGACAUGGGAACAUUGUGAGACUUUUGGGAUUUUGUUGUAAAAAGGUUCAUACAUUUUUGGUUUAUGAUUACAUUGAAAAUAGAGGAAGUUUAGCUCAUAUACUGAGCAAUGCAAAAGAAGCAAUAGAGCUAGAUUGGUUAAACAGGAUCCAAGCAGUGAAAGGCACAGCCCGGGCGCUUUCGUUUCUGCAUCACAAUUGUAAGCCUCCGAUUAUACAUCAAAAUUUAACGAGCAACAACGUCUUAAUCGACACGAAAUUUGAACCCCGCGUUUCGGAUUUCGCGACUGCAACGUUGUUUAAGGUCAAUCCGUCGAACUCGACCAUGGUUUCAGGCACGAGUGGCUACAUCGCUCCAGAGCUUACAUAUACGACGAUGGCAACUGAAAAAUGCGAUGUCUAUAGUUUCGGUGUUGUAGCACUUGAAGUAUUAGUAGGAAAGUAUACAAAAGAUUUCAUUCUUACGUUGCAUUCUUCAUCAGGAAACAACAUUGAUCUAAAAGACAUUUUAGACUCUCGUCUACCGUUUCCUCAAAUGCAAAAGAUCAUAAACGAACUAUCUUUGAUAAUGAAUCUAGCGAUCUCGUGUGUGCAAACGAACCCGCAAUCACGACCAACAAUGUACAAUGUGAAUCGGUUGCUAGAAAUGCACGCUGCAGUUUGUUAAUACAUCUCAUGCAUUCCAUGUAGAUUGUAUAUGUAUCCUUUGUAGAAAGAAUGUGUCAAGUUGGAAGGCCAAACUUACAUUCAAUGAAUUUUGCAGUGAAUGUUUUUAACUAUGUACUCAGUUUCAACUUUUGAGUGUACCUUGAAAAUUUGUUGUAUAGAAGUGCAAUUUGUAGAUUUUGAUGUUCUAAUAAUAAUAAUAAUAAUAAUAAUA